AUGGCGAGGAAUUCAAGCCUCCUAAUCCUAUUGGCCUCUUUGUAUCUCAUGGACUUCGCUAUUGCCAAAAUUCCGUGCAAGACAGAAGUUAGCGUACCUGGUAUGGCUCUCAAAGGAUUCGUCUUUAAAAAGGUCCCAGUAACAGCUCCUCAUGUGUGCGAUAUCACCUGCGAGAGAGAAAAGAUAUGUCAAAGCUACAAUUAUGUAAUUGGGGAAAAGUCCUGUGAAUUGAACUCCCGAACCAAGGAAGCAAGGCCCGAUAAUUUUCAGCCAGAUGAUUUACGCUUUUACAUGGGACGCAUUAGUGGUAAAAGUAUGUAUCCGGUUUAGUUUAUUUUACAUACAAAUCUUUCUCAGUGAGUUCCCAGUAAGACCUCGCUACUUUCCGAGAGCUGGUGUCCGAUUGCUUGGUUAUUAAAUAGGGUCAGUGUCUUAAAGCAAAAUUCGCCUUCCAUGCAUACACUGAUAUCAGCUAAACUUCUCAGCUCUUAAUUAUUCUUAUUCCAUGUUUAUCUUGCCCGGACAAAUAUAUUAUCAGAUCUAAUCUGUUUUGCAACUUCUAUUACCCUUAAACCAUUAAUGAAGUCAUGUCUAUAUAUUAGCCCCCCUUAGGAUCUAUUCCUAAAUUACCAGCGUUAUCGUGCCAAGAGAUAAAAUUAAGUGAAGGUAAAGACAGCAUCAGUAAAAACUACUGGUUGGAUCCAACUGAUGUCGGGAGUUCAAAGUUGGUUUACUGCGACAUGAUUUUAGAAGGUAAGUCAGUAUACCAAGAACAGAAUUUACACAGCGUUUGGUCUACCUUUGCCCCAGCCUUUUGUGAUAUGUUUUCACCUUGUCUCAGUGUUUUCUUCGAUUCAUUUUCAAUUAGACAUCGAUGAAUGUAAAGGCAGCAAUAACGUUUGUGACGAAAAUGCAAACUGCUCCAAUACUGUUGGGUUUUAUAAUUGCACCUGCAAAGAAGGAUUUACUGGGGAUGGACGCUCGUGCUCAGGUAAACUAGUUACAGACACGCCGAGGUACAAUAUUGAAUUAUUUUUUCGCCUAAGAACACUGGAGGUACAUUUGAGCUAUCUAAAAUCGAGUGAGUGAAUAACAGACCAAUAAUACCUAGCAUGCUAUAUCAGUGGACCCUUAGCAUUACACAAUGCAAUUUUAGCAGGAACUACUGACCUACUUUUUUUUAAGCAGCAUUACCCAUACAUGUUUAUGCAAGGAGCUGCCAUGAUCUCCAUCCGGUUUGUUUCAGAGCCAUCAUGUUAGGAGACUAAAAAAUAACAUUGGAGAAGAGAAUAUAAUAUCUAGGUUGCAUGUUUCAAAAACAAAAGACGAAAAAAUAAAAGUGCAAAAUGCAUUUACGGUUUCUCAGAUAUUGACGAGUGUAAAGGAAAUCACUCCUGUCACGUGAAUGCUAAGUGCAAUAACACCCUUGGAUCACAUAUAUGUGAAUGUCAGCCUGGAUAUACUGGAAAUGGACAAAACUGCAGAGGUGAAUUUAAUUUCUUCGUUACAAUAUUUAGAAUAGUCCUGCAUGACACGUUUGACUACUGCGCCGCACCAUUCAGCUGCGUUGCAAGACAAUUCGAUAAUUUAUUACUCAUAACUCGUUAUGAUUUAGGCAGCCGUUAAAGUGAACAAUUUUAAUGACUGAUGCAUUGUUAUUCUCCUCUAAAAAAUUAACCUUAUCACAAUGAUUGACAGAAGCAUGAAAAUAAAAUUGCAAGGAUCCGAUUGGAUUGGCAACUCAUUCAUUCGCGUUAUGCCAUAACGCGAAUGAAUGAUACAAAAGGACUGAGACUAUUAAAGUUUAAUAGUCUCAGUCCUUUUGCAAUUGUCAUUUCACUUUGUAGCCGAUCCUUGCUAUCAUUAUUAAAACCUGAGUGAUGCCAAUAAAAAAAGAUAGGUAACACCUUACGAUUUAGAUGCUGUUGUGCCUUAAGUCUGCCUAGAGCUGUCCUUCCAUGCGCUGACUAAGAAAGAAGGGGCUCAGAUUCGCAUCUUGCUGAAUUCAUUUGGAUCUCCAAUAUCACUGUUUUAGCCUCUUCUAGUGAUGAUAUUCUACACAUUUACUACUUGACCCCUUAGAUACAACAUUGAUUGGCAAGCUGCCAGAAUUAUGAGACGUUACAAUAGAUUUUGAACUAUUGAUUUUAAUAACCCAAGUCCUUUUGUAAUUUUCAGUUUUGUGUGACAAUGGACUCUCUGAGGGAUGGUAUCGUUUUGUGGGAGCUGCAGGAACAAAAAUGCAAACAACACGUGUGUCAGCAUACAGAUGUGGUACAGACUGGCCAGGCUGGUUGGAUGAUACUCAUCCUACAGUGGACGAUGGUGAAGUUCUCCGGAAGGUCUGCUUUAGUGAUCGCACUACUGGUUGCAAAUACUCAACACAUAUUUUUGUAAAAAACUGUGGAUUCUAUUUCAUCUACAAACUUCAAAAGACAACUGGUUGUCCCUCACGCUACUGUGGCACAGACUAA